AUGUCAGACCAAAAAGAUAUGACCCAGGGGCCUAUUACUUCUCUUAUCAGUCCCAUUUCUGUCCUUAUUACCGAACCCUCCGCCAAUCUCCCCGCCAUUCGACUUGACAAAGCUGAUAAUGAAAUUGGUUCAUUAAAGCCCCAAUUCAUGAUAACUACUUGUCAACUUCCAUUACCUUCUUGUGAACCAGACUUCCAGGACGACAGACUAAAUCAAUUUGCUUUUGAGACUGUAUCUCUACCCAUCUCCAGGGUGGAAAGACGUUGGACUAAAGGAACUGCGAAGCCGUCAGUGAAAUUUACUCAGCGAUUCCUCAUCCCGACCGAAAUUCGAUUCAUCUCUCAGUCACCUACCAUUUUUCUUUCGAGCGUUACCUCUUUGGAAGAAAGCUCUAGGGAGAUAAGCAGGCUCAAUUCAUCCAUCUCGAGUACUCUUUCCACACGCCAGAGCCCACAAAUAUCGAUGCAUUCCCCGCCAAUCACACCUGUGGUCUCACGAUCUCUGGGGGUCGAAGAAAUGACCACAAAAUUAGCGCUGACAGCUAAACAUAUUGACUUGUCCAGUGAUCGAGCUGCAGUGACACCACAAGUAUCCCCACCGACUGAGUAUCCAUCUACAAAAGAUUUGGAUACCCCCUCAUUCGUAACUCUCAGAGAAACAUCAACGCCUGACAGCUCAAUUCCGGAAGGAAGCCGACCAUCAACCGGAGUAUUUUCAAUCGAUCCUAACGUGGAGGAACUGAUGACAUCUUUGAGGGCCACUAGCCCACCAAGAAGCACAACAGCAUCAACCUACAGUAAACCCUUCACCCCUGUAGGAGAUGUAAAUGACCCGUAUGCUGCUGAUAAGCGCCUACCUCAGCCUCGUAAUCUUGAGAAUCUAGACGAAAGGUUUAAGUUCACUGCGCUGAAUUCUAAAAGUCGAAAAACCCAGAGUGCUUCUUACACUGGAACGCCCAAAAUCACAAGAAGUACAGUGGAACAAAACGAAUCCGAGAAAAAAAUAUCAAAAAAUAUUAAGGGUCCGAGACUAACGGUCAAUGAAGAGGAAUUGAACUACCGUCAUAAGAAUAGUUCAAUGUCAGAGCUCAAGCAAUUUUUCAAGAUAACCGGAAGAGCAAGACUUAAACAAGUCGUAUCUUCGUCUGUAGCUCGAGAAAAUGGGACCAAGACUCCAUCUAAUGGUCACAAGUACUUUCAGCAGCUACCCUUUGGUGAUGACCAUGGACUCCAGGCCAAAUACGGCAAGCUAGGCAAGGUUUUGGGAGCCGGAGCUGGUGGCUCAGUUAGAUUAAUGAAACGAAGUAGAGAUGGUAGGAUGUUCGCAGUCAAAGAGUUUCGAGCACGCCAUUCUCACGAAACGGAGCGAGAAUAUGCAAAAAAAGUCACUGCCGAAUUUUGCAUCGGCUCAACUCUACAUCAUGGUAAUAUCAUCGAAACGCUCGACAUUAUAUGCGAAAAAGGCAAGUGGUAUGAAGUCAUGGAAUAUGCGCCGUUUGAUCUUUUUGCCAUUGUCAUGACAGGCAAAAUGUCACGCAAUGAGAUAAAUUGCUCCUUUUUGCAGAUAUUAAAUGGCGUCACUUAUCUUCAUAGUAUGGGCCUAGCUCAUCGUGAUUUAAAGCUAGAUAACGUGGUUGUAAAUGAACAAGGAAUCAUGAAAAUCAUUGAUUUUGGCAACGCUAGUGUUUUCAAGUAUCCCUUUGAGACCGGAAUAACGAGAGCUAGUGGAAUUGUUGGAUCCGAUCCUUAUCUUGCUCCGGAGGUAUAUGACGAGCGAAAAUACGAUCCUCAGCCCGCCGAUAUCUGGUCUCUAGCUAUUAUUUUUUGUUGCAUGUCGUUGCGAAGAUUCCCAUGGAAAUUGCCGCGAAUGACAGACCACUCAUUUAAACUCUUUGCCUCACCACCAACCCAAGGAAUAGAGGGGAAACAUUUAUCAGAGGGAUUGUUACCUCCCAGAUCCUCAACUACUCCAGUAACUAAAUCUGAAAAUGUCGAGAAAGCUACAAUCGGCAAUCCCAAGCUAAUUAGCCCUCCCUCGCCCUGCGGUCUCAGUUCUAGAAAAAACAUUAAUUUUAAUAAUAAACCCAUCAACGAACAAGACAAGAAGCCCGAAAUAGUUAAGGGUCCUUGGCGGCUUUUAAGACUCCUUCCCAGGGAAACUAGACAGAUAAUCGGCCGAAUGCUGGAAAUUGAUCCUAAUAAGAGAGCUGAUAUGUCUGAUAUCUUGGAAGACCCAUGGGUUAGCGGAACAUCAAUAUGCACGCGAGAAGCAAAUGGUGAUGUUAAACACGCACCAGGUCACACUCAUACUCUGGAGCCACCAUCGCCGCCAACAGGAAAACAUCGGUCUGCCAAUUACGGCAAAUCUAAAGCAAAAAAAUAA